AUGAAUCAGUUCCACCCCCGAGGAUUCGUGUCUGAGGAAGAGCUCGAGAAUGCUACCGAAGCUACUGCUAGCACGAAAUCGAAAGUGACACCCGCCGAGGUUAUCACUGAAUACCUUUCCAACCUGAGCCCCCCUCAAAAGACCAUUCAAGACAAGCUCUGCGAGCUGGGCUGGGAUGAAGCCGCCAUUUACAACAUGCUCACUCUUCUUGAAAAUCAACAGCGAUAUAACUGCGCAAAGCUCCGCCAGAUGGGAUACACCGAAACGGAAAUUCAAAGGCUCGACGCGCUCGGCAAUCAAAAUAUGAAUGAUUUCUCGCAUCUCGAGCGUGGAACUGCCAGUGCAGGCGAUGGAGAAUAUCAACUGCAGCUGUAUCUGCUGGAAGAAGCGAAGCGAAGACGUUUGGUGAUGCUCGGAGAAGAAUAA